UCCCUUACAAUUCCAACAAUAUGAAAUCACAAUCAUAUGGGUAGUUAUACAAUAUAUUCCUUAUUAAAAAUAAAUAAAGUUUUAACAUUAGGCUUAAGAUUAUGAAUUUUCAUAAUAAUAAUAAUAAUAAUAAUUACAACAGGAAUUGCAGACUUAUAGAAAUAUUAUAGUUAACCAUGCUAUUAAUCAUCAUUAAAAAUCAUGGUCAAAUGUUAAGUAGAUGCAGCCUAAAAGAAAUAAUUAGUUAAACCAACUCAAACAACUAUUUAAAAGCACAAAAUAAUAUAAUAUUAUGAAUG